CUUGACUCGUCAUUCAUUAUUAGAAAAUAUAGAACAAAUCAUGCGUUUAUUUGUUGUACCCUGUCUGUUUCAUCUGUCGGCAAUGGCAUUUGCUGGGCCAAUUGUAACAAAAGCGGAAUACGAAGAGCUAGAGGUACCAAGUCCAUCGGUUACCAGCUACCCACAAGUUCCCACAACACAGUACGAAGCUAGCACCCAAGUCAAUAAACCAGCAUACUUCAAUUAUUACAGUACGCCAAGUUACAGUAAAUUGGAUGUAAGCUCAACGACUUCCUAUCCUACUACCAGCACCAGCACCACAGACAAGUACUGGAACAGCAUGCUUGACGAGCACAACAAAAAGUAUCAUUACAUAACGGAAACGCUUGGCAACUACAACGACAAAAUGGCCGACCAGGUAAGGGGUGCAUUUGCUGAAGUCCAUCAGGCAAUGUCAUAUCAGCCUAAAAAGUACGCGUAUGACGAUAUUUACACCAGUAGCAGUAGUGGUGUGGCCGAAUCACAGAAAAACAGUGCCCACCUGAAACUGGCUCUCGGUCAGCUGGAGGAGCAACUCGCGCAGAUGAAGAUGUGGCUAGCGAUCAAGGAAGCCAGCCAGCAGGGCAAGUCCGAGACGGAGGAAACCGUACAGCGAAGACCUGGUGGGUACUGA